CAUAGCUGAGGGCACACAUGCAGCCUCACCGCUUAGACAUUUACAAGAGUUUUGUCUGAUCAAACUACUGAAUUAAUGCUUAUUUAGAUCACUAACUUUUGCAUUUUAGAUUGCCAUACUUCCAUACUCUCUGUCACCCCCUCUCACCUUCUCUCUGUCAUUCCUCUCAGGUCCCUGCUGCUCCCCCAGGAGCAGGAGAUCCAGGGUGAUGUCAACGCCAGAUCCCCCCAUGGGAGGCACCCCUCGCCCAGGUCCUUCCCCUGGUCCGGGUCCCUCCCCUGGGGCUAUGCUGGGCCCCAGCCCCGGGCCCUCCCCAGGCUCCUCACACAGUAUGAUGGGCCCCAGCCCUGGUCCUCCAUCCUCUGGACACUCGCAGCCAGGGCCCUCUGGAUAUGGCCAGGACAACAUGCACCCUCUGCACAAACCCUUGGAGAGCAUGCAUGAGAAGAGCAUGAGCGAGGAGAGCCGCUUCAGUCAGAUGAAGGGCCUGUCGAUGAGACAGGGCGGGCACAGCGGCAUGGGCCCCCCGCCUAGUCCUCUGGACCAACACUCGCAAGGUUACCACUCUCCAUUAGGGGGCUCUGACCACUCCAGCCCUGUCCCUUCAAAUGGUCCCCCAUCUGGACCUCUCAUGCCAUCCUCCUCCUCCUCCUCCUCCUCUGGUGGCCCCGGCUCUGCUUCCACACCUUUAGAUGGCCCCACUGGAGAGCAACACACUUUGGGUCCCAACAACCGGCCCGGCCCCCCAGGUAGCUCCGGCCCAGGCCCCAGUCCUGGACCCAGCCUUGGACCCACUGUCUCCACCCUUACAUCCGGCCUUGAAUCUGGAGGCCCCCCAGGCCCCGGCGGCCCUACUCCCUUUAACCAAAACCAGCUUCACCAACUCAGAGCCCAGAUCAUGGCCUAUAAGAUGCUGGCCCGGGGACAGCCCCUGCCAGACCACCUCCAGAUGGCUGUCCAGGGGAAGAGACCGAUGCCUGGGAUGCAGCAGCAGCAGCCCAUGCCCAGCCUGGCUCCUGGAGCAGGAGCGGGGCCUGUAGGUGGACCAGCAGGACCAGUGCCAGGGCCUGGGCCGAUGGGUGCCGGCUACAGUCGAGCUCAUGGGAUGAUGGGUCCCAACAUGCCUCCUCCAGGCCCAUCGUGUACUCCAGCUGGGAUGCAGGGACAAAACCCAAAUGGACCUCCCAAGUCCUGGCCUGAAGGACCGAUGGUAAACGCAGCAGCUCCCUCCAACGCACCCCAAAAGUUGAUUCCCCCGCAGCCCACUGGUCGGCCCUCUCCCGCCCCACCUUCAGUUCCUCCUGCUGCCUCCCCAGUAAUGCCUCCACAGACUCAGUCCCCCGGACAGCCGGUGCAGCCUACUCCCAUGAUGCCUUACCACGCCAAGCAGAACCGCAUUACCCCGAUCCAGAAACCCUGCGGCCUCGACCUGGAGAUACUGCAGGAGAGGGAGUUCAGGUUACAGGCUCGUAUCACUCAUCGUAUCGCUGAACUGGAGAACCUGCCGGGCUCGCUGGCUGGUGAUCUGCGUACCAAAGCUACUAUAGAGCUCAAAGCCCUGCGACUGCUGAACUUCCAGAGACAGCUGCGUCAAGAGGUGGUGGUGGUGUGUAUGCGUCGGGACACAGCUCUGGAGACCGCUCUUGAUGCCAAAGCCUACAAGCGAAGCAAACGUCAGUCUCUGCGAGAGGCGCGCAUCACAGAGAAACUGGAGAAACAGCAGAAGAUCGAGCAAGAGCGCAAACGCAGGCAGAAACAUCAGGAGUACCUCAACAGCAUCCUGCAGCACGCCAAAGACUUUAAGGAGUACCACCGCUCCAUCACGGGCAAAAUGCAGAAACUGACCAAAGCAGUGGCCACGUACCACGCCAACACUGAGCGGGAGCAGAAGAAGGAGAACGAGCGUAUCGAGAAAGAGAGGAUGAGGAGGCUCAUGGCCGAGGAUGAGGAAGGCUACCGCAAACUGAUCGACCAGAAGAAGGACAAGCGUCUGGCCUACCUGCUGCAACAAACGGACGAGUAUGUCGCUAACCUUACCGAGCUGGUCCGAGCUCACAAAGCUGCGCAGGCCCUCAAGGAGAAAAAGAAGAAGAAGAAGAAGAAAAAGAAGAAGUUGGAGAACGCUGAGGGUCAGCCUCCUGCCAUGGGUCCUGAUGGAGAGCCUCUGGAUGAGACGAGUCAGAUGAGUGACCUGCCUGUGAAGGUCAUCCAUGUGGACAGCGGGAACAUCCUGACAGGACUGGAUGCCCCUAAAGCUGGACAGCUGGAGACAUGGCUGGAGAUGAACCCUGGCUAUGAGGUGGCUCCCCGCUCAGACAGUGAGGACAGCGAGGAGGAGGAGGAGGAAGAGGAGGGAGAGGAGGAGCCCCAUCCAUCAGCUACUCAGGUGGAGGAAAAGAAGAAGAUAACAGACCCCGACAGUGAAGACGUGUCAGAGGUGGAUGUCCGACACAUCAUCGAAAACGCUAAACAGGAUGUGGAUGACGAAUACAGCGGCGCAGCGUUCGAACGAGGGCUCCAGUCUUAUUAUUCUGUGGCGCACGCUGUCACAGAGAAGGUGGAGAAACAGUCCACUUUGUUAAUAAACGGACAACUCAAACAGUAUCAGAUUAAAGGUCUGGAGUGGCUGGUUUCCCUCUACAACAACAACCUGAAUGGGAUCCUGGCAGAUGAGAUGGGUCUUGGAAAAACCAUCCAGACCAUCGCCCUCAUCACGUACCUCAUGGAGCACAAACGGCUCAAUGGUCCCUACCUCAUCAUUGUACCCCUCUCAACUCUUUCUAACUGGGUGUAUGAGUUUGACAAAUGGGCACCGACAGUCGUCAAAGUGUCCUACAAGGGGUCUCCUGCUGCCAGAAGAGCCUUCGUCCCCCAACUGCGCAGUGGAAAGUUUAACGUGUUGCUCACCACUUACGAGUACAUCAUCAAGGAUAAACAAGUGCUGGCCAAGAUUCGGUGGAAGUACAUGAUCGUGGACGAGGGCCACCGUAUGAAGAACCACCACUGUAAGCUGACCCAGGUCCUCAACACCCACUACCUGGCCCCACGGCGAGUCCUGCUGACGGGAACGCCGCUGCAGAACAAACUGCCUGAGCUGUGGGCGCUGCUAAAUUUCCUCCUGCCCACCAUCUUCAAGAGCUGCAGCACCUUCGAGCAGUGGUUUAAUGCCCCUUUCGCCAUGACUGGAGAGAAGGUGGACCUCAAUGAAGAGGAGACCAUCUUGAUUAUCCGCCGUCUGCACAAAGUACUCCGUCCCUUCCUGUUGCGCAGAUUAAAGAAGGAAGUGGAGGCACAGCUUCCAGAGAAGGUGGAAUACGUGAUCAAAUGUGACAUGUCGUCUCUUCAGAGGGUGCUGUACAGGCACAUGCAGGCUAAAGGGGUCCUGCUCACAGAUGGAUCAGAGAAGGACAAGAAGGGUAAAGGAGGCACAAAGACGCUGAUGAACACCAUCAUGCAGCUGAGAAAGAUCUGUAACCACCCGUACAUGUUCCAGCAAAUAGAGGAAUCUUUCUCUGAACAUUUAGGAUUCUCAGGUGGGAUAGUCCAGGGUCCUGACCUGUAUCGGGCGUCAGGAAAGUUUGAGGUGUUGGAUCGAAUCCUGCCAAAGCUGAGAGCCACGAACCACAAAGUGCUGCUCUUCUGUCAGAUGACCUCACUCAUGACCAUCAUGGAGGACUACUUUGCCUAUCGCAGCUUCAAGUAUCUGCGUCUGGAUGGCACUACGAAGGCCGAGGACAGAGGGAUGUUGCUAAAGACCUUCAAUGAUCCAGGCUCAGAAUACUUUAUAUUCCUCCUGAGCACGAGGGCUGGAGGCCUCGGCCUCAACUUACAGUCUGCCGACACCGUGGUUAUUUUUGACUCUGACUGGAACCCACAUCAGGACCUGCAGGCUCAGGACAGAGCCCACCGCAUCGGUCAACAGAACGAGGUGCGCGUGUUGCGUCUCUGCACCGUCAACAGCGUAGAGGAGAAAAUUCUGGCCGCCGCCAAGUACAAACUGAAUGUGGAUCAAAAAGUCAUUCAGGCUGGCAUGUUUGACCAGAAGUCAUCCAGCCACGAGCGCAGGGCCUUCCUGCAGGCCAUUCUGGAGCACGAGGAGCAAGACGAGGAGGAGGAUGAGGUGCCGGAUGACGAGACGGUCAACCAGAUGAUCGCCAGGAGUGAGGAGGAGUUCGACCAGUUUAUGCGUAUGGACCUAGACCGGCGUCGCGAGGAAGCCCGUAACCCGCGGCGAAAACCUCGUCUGAUGGAGGAGGACGAGCUGCCCACAUGGAUCAUGAAGGACGACGCUGAGGUUGAACGUCUGACUUGCGAGGAGGAGGAGGAGAAAAUGUUCGGUCGAGGUUCUCGUCAGCGGAAGGAGGUGGACUACAGCGACUCACUGACGGAGAAGCAGUGGCUCAAGGCCAUAGAGGAGGGCACGCUGGAGGAGAUGGAGGAGGAGGUGCGUCACAAAAAGACGACCCGCAAGAGGAAGCGGGACCGCGACCUGGACCUCCCUGGCCCCUCCUCUUCCUGGGGACGAGGACGAGGGGACAAAGACGAAGAUGGGAAGAGGCAGAGGAAGAGGGGACGACCACCUGCUGAGAAACUCUCCCCCAACCCCCCCGCCCUCACCAAGAAGAUGAAGAAGAUCGUGGACGCCGUCAUCAAGUAUAAAGACAGUGCCAGUGGCCGCCAGCUGAGCGAGGUGUUCAUCCAGCUGCCGUCUCGAAAAGAGCUGCCGGAGUACUACGAGCUGAUACGCAAGCCUGUGGACUUCAGGAAGAUCAAGGAGAGGAUUCGAGGUCAUCGUUACCGCAGCCUCGGUGACCUGGAGAGAGACGUCAUGCUGCUUUUCCAAAACGCUCAGACCUUCAACCUGGAGGGAUCACUGAUAUAUGAAGACUCCAUCGUCCUCCAGUCAGUAUUUACCAGUCUGAGGCAGAAGAUCGAGAAGGAGGAGGAGAGUGAGGGAGAGGAGAGUGAGGAAGACGAGGAGGAGCUGGAGGAGGGAUCGGAGUCUGAAUCUCGCUCAGUCAAAGUAAAGAUCCGUCUGGGAAGAAAAGAUAAAGGUGGAGAUCGGGGGAAGGGACGCAGCAGACGAACAGGACGCACCAGAGCCAAGCCUGUUGUCAGUGACGACGACUCUGAGGAUGAACAGGAAGAGGAGCGCACCCCCAGUGCCACUGACGAGGAGUCCUGAACUGUGCUGUCAUGUGGGAGAGAAGAGGCAAUAAAGGGAUAUUCCACCAACUGAAGCACUGCAUUUACAGUAAAUUAAACAUGCCUCUUUCAGCUCCACCCACUCUCACUCAUAGGAUCAAACAGAAGGGGAGCUUUGCAAUACAAGAACAGAUACAUGUUAUUAUUUGAUGAGUCAUACUGACAUCACAUGGAAAAAGCACACAUUAAAACAUCAUAUUAUACACAAAUUAAUUAGACUGUGCACAUUGCUGCAUUAACUUUUUUUCUGUCUGGAGAUGUCUGAACAAAGAGGGGACAAAUUAGCUUUUUAUCUUUGUGUGCAAUGCCAGGAGAAUUUCAGAUCAGAUUUAGCGAGAAUGUUGUCAGUGAACAGGUGUUAAAACUCUACUGGGAGUCAGAAAAUACACUGCAAAUGCCUUGAAGCUGUUUGUAAUUUCACAUUUCUUAAUUGUAACGUAUUGUAAAGUACAACAUUAGCGCUUUCCUUAAAGUCCCCCUGUUUAGCUGUUUUUAAGCAAUCUAAAAAACAUUUAAUAAUU